CAAGUCUCUAGAAUCAGUCGAACUCAAAACGAUUAUAUUAUAAUGAUUGUUAGAAAAUAGAGGAGAGGAAAAAAAAAAGUGUGCUGGUGUAAUAGUACUAGAAACUACAAGGGUAACUCUCCCAACCAUUCACUAUAAUUUACAUCAACGGACAGAGCUUUAGGUUGUUACUGUUGACUAUAUAUUCUAAGCAUCACUCCCCGACCACCUUUGCCUUUGUAUCUCUCUCUCUCUCUCUCUCUCACACACACACACACACACAUUCAAUCUACUAAUCAUCCAUAACUUCACUCUCCGAAGAAAAGCUCUCUUGUUGAUCAUCCAUGGAGAACCGGCCAGAACAAUCCCUGGGACUGAGUGAUCCCUCCCGUGUCAUCAAGCGGCAGCGUGCCCGCCGACCAAGGCACCUGCCAUCUCCUCGUGGCAGCACCACACCCACUGCAGCCUCCAGCUCAUCGAGUGUCGGAGGAGGAGAUUAUAACUCAGUCGUGGAUGCAGCGGAAGGAGAGGACGAGGACAUGGCCAAUUGCCUGAUCCUCCUGGCCCAAGGAGAUGGCACGGCUAGCCCAAACGAUCAUCAAGAACAUGUGGCACAGGAAGAAUCCAUACCGCAGGGUGUGAUUAAUUCCGGGGUUAGGAGCAAGAAGGUUUCCGAAUUAGGUGUUGUUUAUGAGUGCAAGACAUGUAACAGAGUCUUCCCAUCAUUCCAAGCCCUGGGAGGCCACAGGGCAAGCCACAGCAAGCCCACCAAGGCCAAUGGCAUGCUGCUAGAGGACCAGCUGAUCAACAGGACUAGGGAUCAUGAUCAUCAUCAAGAAGGGCAGAUUUACAGAACCAACCUUAGCCCGGGCCCCACACCGGUCCUGGGCCUCCCGGGCAUGUCUCUGGGAGCCAGGACCGGAAAGGUCCAUGAGUGCUCGGUGUGCGGUUUGGAGUUUGCCUCAGGGCAGGCCCUCGGUGGCCACAUGAGGCGGCACAGGUCAUCGUCAGCAUUAAUGAACAGUGAUGAGCCUGCUGUAUCCGCAAGGCCCGAUGACUUGAACCAGAAGCCGAGGAAAUUCCUGGCGCUGGAUCUCAACCUUCCGGCACCGGAAGAGGAUGACGACGGGGAUUCCAUAUUCGGGUACGGGCCGGGUCAACCCGUGCCACCACCCCUUUUUAUCUCAGCCAGUGCCUUGGUGGACUGCCAUUACUGACGGAACCAAUAAAAGGAAAAAGAAAAGAAAAACAAAAAAACAAAACAAAACAGUGGAUGGAUAGUAUGGCAUCAAUUUAAAGUACUGUUAUCGUUUGCACUUUUAUAAUUACAGUUGAAAUUACAAGGAAUCGAAUUGCCAGAUUGGUGGGUUC